CAGACGAGAUCUGCACUUCGACUGCUCGGGAUUUUAAAAGCUUUGCUGCGACGGACUGCAACGCUCCAAGAGCCAAAUACCAGGACAGACACAACACCAGAGGGCAAUUUUGUUGAAGCAUUGCACUCCUUUUUUGUUUCCUAAAUUUUUGAAUAAACCUUCUAAAAGUCAUAAAAAUGUCUCCCGCUUUCCAAGCAAACGGUUCUAUUAACACCGAAUCUAUUGAGGACCAACGUAUCCUGGGCUACAAUCCUUUGGUUCCUCCCGCAUUGCUUCAACAAGAGCUUCCUGUCUCUGAGGCUUCUGCCAACGUUGUCAGACAAGGUCGCCGUGAUAUCCAAGCUGUUUUGGGCGGCAAGGAUGACCGUUUGGUCGUCGUUGUCGGUCCUUGCUCCAUCCACGACCCUGUUUUGGCUAUGGAGUAUGCUAAGCUUCUCAAGCCCAAGGCUGAGGAGUUGAAGAACGAGUUGGUGAUUAUUAUGCGUUGCUACCUCGAGAAGCCCCGUACCACUGUCGGUUGGAAGGGUCUUGUCAACGACCCCGACUUGGACGGUUCUUACGCCAUCAACAAGGGUCUUCGUAUUUCCCGUAAGAUGUACUGCGACGUUACCAACUUCGGUGUUCCUUUGGGCAGUGAGAUGCUCGACACCAUUUCUCCCCAAUUCUUCAGCGACAUGUUGAGUUUCGGUGCCAUUGGUGCUCGUACCACCGAGUCUCAACUCCACCGUGAGCUCGCCUCUGCUCUUUCCUUCCCCAUCGGUUUCAAGAACAGCACUGACGGCUCUGUCGGUAUUGCCAUUGAUGCCAUUGGCGCCACUGCUCAUCCCCACACCAUGCUUGGUGUCAACAAGCAAGGUAUUGCUGCCAUUUGCAUGACUGCCGGUAACAAGGAUACCUUCAUCAUUCUCCGCGGUGGUAAGCACGGUCCUAACUACGACGCCAAGAACGUCGCUGCCGUUCGCGAGGCCCUCGAGAAGGCCAACAUUACCCCUCGCAUCAUGAUUGACUGCUCUCACGGUAACUCCAGCAAGGACCACCGCAACCAACCCAAGGUCUGCCAUUCCAUCGCCGAGCAAGUUGCUGCCGGUGACGAGGCUCUUAUGGGUGUGAUGAUUGAGUCUCACAUCAACGAGGGUCGUCAAAACGCCAAGAUCGCUCCCGGUGUCAAGGAGACUCUUAAGUAUGGUGUCAGUAUCACUGAUGCUUGCGUCAGCUGGGAGCAAACUGCUCCUAUGCUUGAGGAGCUCGCUGCUGCUGUCCGUGCUCGUCGUGCCGGCCGUGCUUAAACUACUUUUGUGGUCGUAUAGAAAGUAUGAUGGUGUGUCUGUGUACAUAUGCACAUGAACAGUUACUAUUUACCAUACCUGGCACACUUUCAUGGCGCAUGUGUGUGUAUUGCGUUGCUGAGAGAAGAAAAAAAAAAGUUUGUUUGCGUGUCCCUUCUCGUCUUGUCCUUUUUUGUAAAGGGCGGUUGCAGCCUGUGGGAUAAACAGGGCUGGUGCUGCCCUUGAUAUUUCUUCUGGUAGGAAACAGAAGCAUUUUGAGUUAUUUUUCGUAGUUUUGGUUCAUAGAAACAGCAUGCAAAAAAUGUUUUAGAAGAAAGGAUUGAGACAUCUUCUAGUGGGUGUGUGUGUGUCGCUGUAAAGCUGAAUCUGUAAGGGAAAGACGUUUUGGAAUAACAG